AUAUAACGCACACGAUUCCAGUGUUGUCCUUGAAGUUGAGAAAUGCACACGUUACGGAAGUUGUACUUGGAGCUCCUCGGUUGUUUUCCAUUCACUGUUCAAGAAAACAUAAACAAGAAUAUGGCAGAAUUUGAAGACUAUGAAGGUCAGCUCAUUGACUAUGAAGAGGACAAAGAAAUCGAUGAAAAUGACGAUGAUGAUGAUGAUGUAUGGGAUGAAGAUGGAGAUGAAAAUCCAGAAGAAAAUCAAUGUUUGUUUUGUGAACAGAUAUUUCCUUCUGUAAAUGAAGUUUUUACACAUUGUGAAAAAGAACACUUUUUCAACAUCAUAGAUAUUGGUAGAAAAUGGAAGUUAGAUUGUAUUCAGUAUAUCAGAUUGGUCAACUAUAUCAGGUUAAAGAAACCGACAUCUCUUGAAAUUACACAAGUGAAAGGAGAGAAACCACCAUGGGACUCAGAUGAUUACCUCAAACCAUACAACAUGGAGGAUGGACUUCUUCAAUAUGAUAUUGAAUAUUUCAUCAGUCAAAAAGUUGGGAAAGAUGUACAAAAUGAAGCAAUGAGUGUAGACUCAAAUAACAGUGAACAGGGACAUAAACAACUAACACCUGUUGUCAUGACGCCAUCUGAAUAUCAUGGCCUCUGUUUGAAGUUGCAAGGAGCCAAUGAGAGAGCAGAAUCUGCAGAAACCGAAUUGCAGAGGGCUUUACAUGACCUACAGAAAAUGAGAACUAUGGUACAGAAUUUGGUAAUGUCACAGCCAAAUGAACCAAUCAAAUCAGAGAGUGCAGUACAUACUUUGACAGAAGAUGAAGAUGAGGAGUAUUUUGGAUCGUAUGCUCAUUUCAGUAUUCAUGAAGAUAUGUUAAAGGACAAAGUUCGAACAGAAAGUUAUCGUGAUUUUAUGUACCAGAACAAAGAUCUGUUAAAAGAUAAGGUUGUCCUAGAUGUGGGUUGUGGAACUGGUAUUCUAUCCAUGUUUGCUGUAUCUGCUGGAGCUAAACAUGUGAUAGCUGUUGACCAAUCAGAAAUUGUUUACCAAGCUAUGGAUAUAGUCAGAGAAAAUAACCUUCAGGACAAGAUAACCAUAUUAAAAGGCAGAAUUGAGGAUGUUAAGCUUCCUGUAGAAGAGGUAGACAUUAUAAUAUCAGAAUGGAUGGGAUAUUUCUUAUUGUUUGAAUCCAUGUUGGAUUCUGUUUUGUAUGCAAGAGAUAAAUAUCUGAAAGCUGAUGGAUCAGUAUAUCCAGAUAAAUGUAACAUCCAGUUGGUAGCUAUUGACAAUAAAGACCUCCACGAUAAACACAUUUCAUUCUGGGAAGAUGUGUAUGGUUUUAAAAUGAGUUGUAUGCAAUCUGAGGUUGUAAAAGAAGCCAGUGUAGAUAUUGUGAAACCAGAUAAAAUUAUUUCUGAACCUGCUGUUAUAAAGGAAUUUGACUGCUGCACUUGUAGUAUUAGUGAUUUACAGUUCAAACAAGACUUCCAGUUGUCAUUGACAACAAAAGGGGAGAUAACUGCUGUCAUUGGUUAUUUUGAUAUUCACUUUAAUAAAAAUUGUGGCAAUAAGGUGAUGUUUUCUACUGGACCUAGAGACACAGCAACCCAUUGGAAACAGACUGUAUUCCUGUUAGAAAAAUUUAUACCUGUACAAAAAGGUGAUAUAGUGAAUGGCACAGUCUACUGCAGGAAGAAUAGACAAGAUCCAAGAUCAUUACUGAUAACACUCAGAAUACAGAAUCAAUCACAGACUUAUCUCAUGCAAUAAAAAAAAAUAAAUACCUUUUUAAUCAUGUA